AUGGCAAUCUCCGUUGCCGCCCACAUGAAGAGCCUGUCCCAGCUGUUGCAUGACCACAUGCCCGUCGACGAGCUGGACCCAGCCAGGAAAGAAGCACUCCUGGAGCAGCACAUGUUCUUCUCCAACCUCCUGCUCAUGGGCAUGAGUGUUUUUUCCCUCAUUAAAUGUGCGGCUGCCUUUGUAUCGAUUUUGGUCGGGCUGCCAGGUAGCGAGAGUAUGCACCCUCUGCUGCUUUCAGGUUGUGUUUUCUUGCUGGUGCUCUCCUUCUUUCAGCUGAGCUAUGGUCGCUUGAGCGUAGCACGCAUCCAGCUCGUGGCGCUCUUGCUGCAUCUGAGCAUCCUCUUGCGCGAACUGCAUCCGGACCUGACUGAUGAUACCUUGGUCAUGGCCUUCAAGGUCACAGCCGGCUUGGCCCUUAUCAAUCACCUGCGGGCACUUCAGCUCCAGAUCAGCUUCCUGUUCGUCAAGGUCGUGUACCUACGCUCCACCUUCACCACUGCGAUGUUCGUCGACGAGAUAUGCGCGAUAGUCCUACUCUGGGUUACAUGGUUCGCUGUUCAGACUUGCCAGAAGCAAUUCCUGCUCAUGACGCAGAAGAUCGCGGAUGCCAAGGCUUCUUUGGAGGCCGUACGAGCCAUGUUGGCGAGCCAGUGCGAUGCGGAGGCUUGUUUGAGCUCGGAGCUCGUUUUCCAAGACCCCACCUCGAAGUUGGCCCAUUUUCUGGGUUGCGAGGUGGAACAGCUCCGGUCCCGGUCCUUCGACGAAUUUCUCGUGGAAAGCGACCGGCAGCGGUUCAAGUCCCUCAUCGGGUCCUCGGUGCAUGCUUUGGAACUGGAGUUUGAUCAACAGGGUCAGGAUCAGGCCGAGAAGCCGAAGCAGCACCAUGCGCUGGCAGCCGCGGUGACUUUGAGUGGAGCAUGCCGGCAGAUCGAAGUGAACUUGCGCCUGUGCUGCGUGCCGGCUGCAGAGUUCAAUGACCGCUUCUUCCUCGUCGCACUCAACGUUUCCCAAGAUCGGGUUCCCGAUUUUGAGAGCUUGGAUCCGGCAGCCAUCAAGGAGAGCGAGGGCGAUUCCACAGAGGAGCAGGAGCCGCCCGCUGGAACUCACACAGAUGGCACAGGCUGCAACUUGCAGCUGCAAGCCCGUAAUAAAGAUGACAACAAUGCCUUCAACUCUGUAUCAGUCAUCUUCGACUCCCGGACGCUUGAAGUGUCGGAUCUCCGGGUCUCACUGGGAAUCGGCAGCUGGAAGCGCUCCGACCGGACCUUCGUCAAGAACUGCAUCGUGGAGGACAUCUGGCCUGGCGUCAGCAGCUGGCUUAAAGCCUGGUCUCAAGGGCAGGCCAGCGUCGUGCCUCCGCCCAUCGUGCUCUUCAGGUUCCCGCAGCUCUUCUGCCUGCGCAACGUGCUGGCGGCAAGACAGGCCGACCUGAAGAUCCUCCGCGGCGCGGAGGGUCGGCCGACCGGGGAGGUCUGUCUUCGACUUCGGAACAUCCGGCUUCGCACGAUGUCUCCUCCCGGUCGGAAGCCCAAGCGGCGGUCCUCGUCCCCGUCCCUCGCCGGCGAGAGCUGGUGCAGCACGGGGGCCGCGAUCCUCUCGCCUCCCCACAGGAAGUCCAAGGCAAAUCUCGGCAAGGCUUCUCGGGAAGCUUGA